CCUCCUCACUGGUGGGGUGGGGUGAGAAGCAGAAAAAGCUCGGACUCUGUUGAGGACCAGCAAUUCCAAAACCAUGCACCGAAGGCACACCACGCUCCGGGAGAAGGGCCGGAGACAGGCCAUCCGGGGCCCAGCCUACAUGUUCAACGAGAAGGGCACCAGCCUCACGGCGGAGGAGGAGCGUUUCCUCGACUCCGCGGAAUAUGGCAACAUUCCCGUGGUGCGGAAAAUGCUGGAGGAAUCCAAAACCUUGAACUUCAACUGCGUCGACUACAUGGGGCAGAACGCCCUCCAGCUGGCUGUGGGCAACGAGCACCUGGAGGUGACGGAGCUGCUCCUCAAGAAGGAGAACCUGGCCCGGGUGGGGGACGCCCUCCUGCUGGCCAUCAGCAAGGGCUACGUGCGCAUCGUGGAGGCCAUCCUGAACCACCCGGCCUUCGCGCAGGGGCAGCGCCUCACGCUCAGCCCCCUGGAGCAGGAGCUCAGAGACGACGAUUUUUACGCCUACGACGAAGACGGGACUCGCUUCUCCCACGACAUCACCCCCAUCAUCCUCGCCGCCCACUGCCAGGAGUACGAGAUCGUUCACAUCCUGCUCCUCAAAGGCGCGCGGAUCGAGAGGCCGCACGACUAUUUUUGCAAGUGCAAUGAAUGUAUCGAGAAGCAGAGGAAAGACUCCUUUAGCCACUCUCGCUCCAGAAUGAACGCCUACAAAGGAUUAGCCAGUGCUGCUUAUUUGUCCCUUUCCAGUGAAGACCCUGUCCUUACUGCCCUAGAGCUAAGCAAUGAAUUGGCCAGACUAGCCAACAUUGAAACUGAAUUUAAG